AUGGACUCUUCAAUCCCCCUUAACGGCUGCAACUGCAACAAAGAAAUGCAAUAUCCUUCUUCAUGGACAAAAACACAGGAUGAACAAUUUGAAAACGCAUUAGCUUUGUAUGAUGAAGAUUCACCAGAUCGCUGGAAAAACAUAGCCAAAGCAGUUGAUGGAAAAUCAGAAGAGGAGGUGAAGAUACACUACCAACUUCUUGUCGAAGAUGUUAAUAACAUCGAGUGCGGACAUGUUCCAAUUCCUGACUAUGACGACUCUGAAUCCACAGACAAUAGCAGUUGUAUUGAUGUGCUCAGUGACAUCUCUGAUGAGGGCUAUGGAGAUGUUGUAUUGCCACUCUCUGAUCAUGGUUUUGACAUACCAAAGGACAUUGUGGGAAAUUAUAAUCAUUUUGCUCGGGUCGAUGAUGAUAAUGAAAGUGACUCCGCUGCUGGAAAUGGAAAAGAUAUAUGA